GCUUUAUUAUGCAUUAAAUAUUUCCAUUUCUCGACUUUCUUCUCUUCCUUGUUCCCUACUGCAUCUGCUCUCCAGCCCUCCAUUCCUGAAGAAGCCGGCAAUCUUCAUUUCUUGGGUUUUUGUGAAUCUCUCUCUCUCUCUCUCUCUCUCACGCUCUCUGUCACUCUGAUAGAUCGGAGACACCACACUGAAAAUUCUUCUCCAAUCAAGGGCUUUUCUUCUUUAUCUGCUCUACUUUUCAACGCGAAAGCGAAGUGGUUUCCGUGUUUUCGGAGCACGAGCGCGGCAAAAGUAACCUUUUCUGCGCCAGAUUGGAGGUUAUCGCCGCCGUAGAUCUGCCCAAGUUCGUUUUAUCGGCUAAUUUUCUUGGAAAAAUUAGGAACGCGCGCUCCAUUUCGAUCUGGGAACUCUCGUCUCCGGCUGCAUUUGCCCCUCCCAAAAGCCUUGCGGAACUCAUUAAUUGUCCAUAAUUGCAACUCUCCUCCUUUUCUCAUUCGUUUCAAUUUAAGUAAAGAAAAUAGCAAUCUUGCUUUCGAGAAACUGUUUCUUUAGCCGCAAAGAUAUGUUGAUUAUUCCAUAUUUUGAACUUUGCUUUUGCUUUAUAUCCUUAUUGCGGGUUCAAAGCUAGGGUUUUCGGAUAGCUUUGUGUUCCGUUACUUGGUCUUCGAAUGUGAUAUUGUGGAGUGGGUCGUUCAUGUGUCGUCGUUGAAUCGCAUUGAUCUGCGUUAAGUUAUUUAUUUUAUUUAGAAGUAGUGUUUUGGGAAUUUCAUGAUCCGAAGGCUUUGAUUUCGGUUAGUUUGGGCUUCAAAUCGAGUGGUUUUGUUCUCUUCCGAUAAGCCGAUCUCGCUGUCGCCGGACGCUAUUUCUGAUACCUUGCGUUGAAGACCUUUGAUGCUUAGUAUCUGAAGAUAAAGAUGCAGCCUGAUCAGCGAAGAAAGGCAUCUGUGGAUGUUGACUUUUUCACCGAAUAUGGCGAGGGGAGUAGGUACCGAAUAGAGGAAGUCAUUGGUAAAGGGAGCUAUGGUGUUGUUUGUUCUGCAUAUGAUACCCACACUGGGGAAAAAGUUGCGAUCAAGAAGAUCAAUGAUAUCUUUGAACAUGUAUCUGAUGCCACUCGUAUACUUCGUGAGAUUAAACUUCUUAGACUCCUACGCCAUCCUGACAUUGUGGAAAUCAAGCACAUAUUGUUGCCUCCUUGUAGAAGGGAAUUCAAAGAUAUAUACGUUGUUUUUGAGCUCAUGGAAUCUGAUCUCCAUCAGGUUAUUAAAGCAAAUGAUGACUUGACACGAGAGCAUUAUCAGUUUUUUCUUUAUCAGCUUCUUCGAGGUUUGAAGUACAUACACACGGCAAAUGUUUUUCAUCGAGAUCUUAAACCAAAAAAUAUCUUAGCAAAUGCGGACUGCAAACUCAAGAUCUGUGACUUUGGUCUUGCUAGAGUGGCCUUUAAUGAUACUCCAACUGCUAUAUUUUGGACAGAUUAUGUUGCAACAAGAUGGUACAGGGCUCCUGAAUUAUGUGGAUCCUUUUUCUCAAAGUAUACACCAGCAAUCGAUAUAUGGAGUAUUGGGUGCAUAUUUGCAGAGCUCUUAACUGGAAAGCCUCUUUUCCCUGGAAAAAAUGUUGUCCAUCAAUUGGACCUGAUGACUGAUCUGUUGGGAACACCGUCAGCUGAAGCCAUUGCCCGGGUGCGUAAUGAGAAAGCUCGGAGAUACUUAAGCAGCAUGCGCAAGAAAAGGCCUAUCCCUUUAUCCCAAAAGUUCCCGAAUGCAGAUCCUCUAGCACUCCGUUUGUUAGAAAGAAUGCUAGCUUUUGAGCCCAAGGAUCGACCUUCAGCUGAAGAGGCCCUUGCAGAUCCAUAUUUUAAGGGCUUGGCCAAGGUUGAAAGAGAGCCUUCUGCUCAACCAGUUACUAAGAUGGAAUUUGAAUUUGAGAGGCGAAGGAUAACGAAAGAAGAUGUGCGAGAGCUUAUAUAUCGAGAAACUCUCGAGUACCAUCCAAAGAUGUUGAAAGAAUUAUUAGAGGGGACUGAAUCAACCGGCUUUAUGUACCCUAGUGCUGUUGACCAUUUUAAGAAGCAAUUUGCGUACCUUGAGGAGCACUAUGGAAAGGGUUCAAAUGUUGCUCCACCUGAGAGGCAGCAUGCAUCCUUACCGAGGCCAUGUGUAUUAUUUUCAGAUAACCCAGUUCAGAAUACAGCAGAGGUUACAGAUGAUCUUUCCAAAUGUUCCAUAAAGGAAAUGGAGAAGUCACAUCCAGACAGGAGUUGUGGCAUGGGGAUCCCCAUGACAAGGCUUCCUCUCCAAGUUCCUCAAAGUAUCCAAGCAGGUGUGGCCAGGCCAGGGAAAGUUGUCGGUUCGGUGUUGCGUUACAACAACUGCGGAGCAGCGGCAGCAGCAGAGACUCUUGAACAACGAAGGAUGGUUAGGAAUCCAGUUGUUCCAACACAUUACACUGCUUCUGGCUGCUCAUAUCCGAGAAGAAAUGCAGGCUGUAAAAACGAGAGGGGAGAGGAUGAAGUUGUUGAGGGAUCCAACGGACUGCAGCCAAAGCCUCAGUACAUGGCAAGGAAAGUGGCUGCUGCUCAAGCUGGACCUGGAAGUCAGUGGUACUAAACUACUUCCAUGUCGUGGGUGUUAUUGCAGGUUGACCACUGGUUUCAAGUUCAAUGGUUAUGUGGCAGUGGUUGUCGACUGUGCACCCCUGUUCCUGAUCAAUGGGCUGUUGUUUAUGGAAACCAUCAGUGCAUGGGUUGCAGGAUUGAUGUUUUGGUGAUGGUGGAACUUAGAAGCACGUUGUAAUUUAUCACUGAAAUGAAGUGUAUACUGUACUUGUGUGGAUCCCCUGUUGCUCAUACAACAAUGAUUUGACGAGGCUGCAAGUCUUGAAUUGAUGAUGAGGGAAGCGUUUGAUCAGUACGACUCAUCAAGAAGUGUAAGCAUUCUGUGACGUUUUUCUUUUUUCGGGGGGAUAUUGUUUUGUUGUGGGAGGGGGGGGGGGGUGUUGUAUGUGUUCAUAAUUAAAUAAACAAGGGCAAUGUAUUUCAUCCUAGAAUCUAUGUUGAAUAGUUUUAAACUAAAUUCACAGCUUAAUAUCUCUUUUUAUUU